AAUGGAUCAAUACAAACUAGUAGAACAUAAUGACACUAUUUAUCAAAUACCUAUUAGAAUGAUUGAUGGAGAAAGAGUAGUGUUGCUCAGUGAUGCUCAGUCUAUAUUACCAAAUGCCACCGCGUUUCUAACAAAUUCAAAACUUGUUCCUUUUAAACUAGACUCUUUUAAUCAUAGAGAAGUCUUGCCAAAAAGAGUACUGAUAUCAGAUACAGACCUGAAUCAUUCUACUCUUUGGCAAAUACAUGUUCCUCAAGAUACGAGUCAUUCUGCUAUACAGUCAACCGUAGUCGAGAUCCAGAUCAAGCUAGAUCAGUUGUCCGAGAAACUAGACAGAAUACUUUCUGUUCGACAUAGUGACACGCUUGAUGAAUCAAGUAGUGAAAGGACACAUAAUACCUCGGAAAGCUUAGAAGAAAGCAGCCAUAUAGGAGCAAUACCUUUGCAUAAUCAUCAUGAAGACAAUACAGCAGAGAAUUUGGGUUCAGACGACAACGACGAUGAUGAUGAUAACAGCAGCCAUUCAAGCAGUCCUCCUCCUGCUUUUUCUAUACCAUCUUCAUCACAGCAACAGCAGCAGCAGCAACAUGAAGCGCCGCCCUCUUAUGAGACAUCUGUCUUGAGUACCAUUAAAUCGCUGAAUGAUAAGUUACGCUUAUAUGAAUCACAUAUCUCAAACAGACAUAAAUCACCUAAAUGGAUGGCUAAAAGACAAGAAUGGAUUUCUCGAGAACCGAGUAGUAUUGAGCAGACUGCUUAUCAAUUAGUCCAGCUCGAAAUGGCACUUUUGUGGACUGCAGUGACUGAAUCUUGGAUUCAAGAACGGGAAACAUGGUUAACAUUAGUAGCCAGUUCAAGAUCAGAAAGACAUUUAGCAGGUGCUAUCAUCAAUUUAGAAAGACAUACGUUAGUGAUGGAUCAAGAGUGGGCUGGUAUUCGAGAAAGAUGGAUCAAUGAAUUACUGGAAAUGGUCGUAUUGCCCUUAAGUCACGGAUAAAUAAAAAC